GUAGUUACUAGUGCUAUAAAAUAUCCCUUAUCUCGGCUAGAAUUGGCCAGUGUUCGUUAUUCUUACCGGGGGGUCCCGGAGGGGGGAACACCAAACGCCCAAUGUGAUUUCCUAGUCGCCGAGACAACUUCUCAUGACCCAUAAAUUGUUUCCCGAAGGAAUAAGCGCCAAAACAUCCUGACCGAUACUUUAUCUCUUCCCUCCUAUCUCUCACCACUUGAAGGAGGGGGUAACCGGUAAUCAAACAUCAUUCGAUCAUUGAUUUGCUGAUGAUGGUGAUAGUGUUACUGCGCGAAAAAAAAAACUUAGGGAAAAAAACCCAAAUUUGACGUGCCGACUUUCAAACAUCUGACGUGCAGUGCAGUUGGGUUCUAGGCUUUUUUUUUUUCUUUGGGUGAUAUAAUUUUAUUUUUUUCAACUCCUGACCUUCGGUGCAAAUCUUCACCGUUCGCCGGUCAAUAGGUAAAAAUCCCAUCAACGCCACACAACGUAGAAGCGAUCUUCAGCUCCGCACAAAAAGCAUCUGACGCGCAUCGCUCACGAUGUCCAGCACUAUGAGAGGCACCCCCAGCCGUAGUGGGCAGAACAGAGGAGCAGGAGCCAAUCCCUUUGGUCCCAAUAGUCCCGCCAACUCCAACAUCCCCAGGCCUGUCCUGGAUGCUCACGGUCAUGCCCACCAGCCCGCUCCGAGCGAAGCCGCUUCUGGUAUCAGCGCAAGUAGACAGAAGCAGUCUAAACGAGAUGAGGCCAUUCGACGAAAGCUUGAGACCGAUCUCAACAAGAAAAAGCAUCAUGUCUCCGGCGGCGGCCGAACACGACUUUCGCGAAAAGCCCCGCCGGGAACUGUCCUUGCCCUCAAACCGAGCCCUGCCCUUCAGAUCAAGCCGAGUACCACCGUUUCCGAAGCUGCCCAGCUGAUGGCUGCCAAGAGAGAGGAUUGUGUUUUGGUUACGGAUGAAGAUGACCGAAUCGCUGGUAUCUUUACCGCUAAGGAUCUAGCAUUCCGUGUAGUUGGCGCUGGCCAGAAGGCCAACACCGUCACUAUCGCCGAGAUCAUGACCAAGAAUCCCCUUUGUGCCCGCACAGACACUAGCGCAACCGAGGCCCUGGAUCUCAUGGUUCGCAAGGGUUUCAGACAUUUGCCCGUUAUGGACGAGAACCAGGAUAUCUCAGGUAUCCUCGAUAUUACAAAGUGCUUCUACGAUGCGAUGGAGAAGUUAGAACGAGCGUACGCAUCUUCGACAAAGCUCUAUGCCGCUUUGGAAGGCGUACAAUCCGAAUUGGGAACGAGUCAGCCGCAGCAGAUCAUCCAGUAUGUCGAGGCCUUGCGCUCCAAGAUGUCGGGUCCGACCCUAGAAAGCGUCCUGAACGGCAUGCCACCCACAACAGUCAGCGUCCGCACGACGGUAAAGGAGGCCGCAGCUAUGAUGAAGGAAAAUCACACUACCGCCGUGUUAGUUCAGGACCAGGGUCAAAUUACGGGUAUCUUCACGAGCAAGGAUGUGGUUUUACGUGUCAUUGCUCCUGGCUUGGACCCUGCCACCUGCAGUGUUGUUCGUGUCAUGACACCACACCCGGAUUUUGCUCCCAUGGACAUGACUAUCCAGGCUGCUCUGCGAAAGAUGCAUGAUGGCCACUACCUUAAUCUACCUGUGAUGAACGACCAGGGCGAGAUUGUUGGCAUGGUGGAUGUGCUCAAGCUGACUUAUGCGACACUUGAACAGAUCAACACCAUGUCCACGUCAGGUGACAGCGAGGGACCGGCCUGGAACAAGUUUUGGUUGUCGUUGGAUAAUGAGACGGAGUCUAUGGUCUCUGGUGACGGCAGCCACCACCACGGCGGCACUAUGAUAUCUCGCUCCAUGAUGUCUCCGGAUGCGCCCCGUGAGCGCAUCACUGACUCUGUUGCGCCUGGUGACAGCGCUUCGCAUGUGGGCUUUGAGGAAUCGCCAGGCCAUUCGGCCGUGGCGCAUGCCCAUCCUCACGAUAUUCCUUUCGCAUUCAAGUUCAAGGCGCCUAGCGGUCGUGUUCACCGAUUACAAAUUGUGGCUAGCGAUGGCAUCGCGCAAUUUGUUGCCAGUGUGACCGUCAAACUCGGCAGUGAAGUUGAGGCCAUUGGUGGGCCCCCAGACGUGGAAGACGGCACACUGAUCCCUAAUGGCUUCGCCAUGAGCUAUAUGGAUGACGAGGGUGACACGGUCAGCAUCACGACAGACCAGGACCUCCUAGAGGCAAUCUUACUAGCACGACACAAUCAUCGCGAGAAGGUGGAUUUGUUCAUACACGAUCCCGACAAGCCGCCAGUCACUGUCGCGGCGCCUCAUCCCGAUCCUUCUAUGGCUACCCCAGCUGCAAGCUCCCAUCCCUCGGAGAUUCGUCGCAGACGAACUAUAGUGAAUGAUGAAGAGUCUGACAGCGAGGAAGAGGACUUCUCAACCGCGCGCCGUCGUAAGAGGAGCAGUGGCAUCGUAGAGCCGGAACAAGUCAUCGCAGGUGUACCUAAUGAGCUGUUGUUGCCCGGUGCCAUCGUCACUCUGGCGGUCGUGAUUGUGGGUGUCUUUGCCAUCGCAAGGGUAACAAGCCGAUAGGAGGGAUAUUCAGGGGGCUUUUUAGGAGUUAGUGCAUGGCUAUGGGAGUUUCAGCGAGAGCAGAGGGAUGGACUGAAGAUAGAAAAAAUAAGAGGUUGCGAGACGGAAAGUUGUAGAUAGGGUAGUGUUCUGAACCGGAUGAUGCAUAGACUACAGUUGUAAUAACUAAAUUAUGCUAAUUUCGAUUAUUCUCGAGUAGUAUUGAGUUUUUGUUUCCUUUGUCAUUAUUCUAUGUAUAGUCGUACAACAUCCACGGAUACCUUAUGAAUGUAUUCAAUAACCUUCGUCUUAG